AAGCAGUGGCCGACCCCGGGCCGACUGGAUAUCAUAGACUCGCGAUAAAGAGACGCCCGUAACUUUCACAUGUAAGUACACUACCUCUGAAAACCCGGUCCCAGAUCACGAACCAACUUCCCCAAUAUUCACUCCGUGAGGAAUCGCGCCUAUAGUCAAACAUGAAGAUAGAGGGCAGAACAUUCAUUGUGUCGGGCGGUUCAUCUGGUCUUGGCUUCGCAACUGUCCAAAUGCUCGUCCAAGCCAAAUCCUAUAUCUCCAUCCUUGACCGCGAACCUCCACCGUCAGAUAUUAUAGGUGCCCAAGUCAAAUUCUAUCCAACAGACAUCACUGUGGUCAACGAUAUCGAGAAAGCCGUGGAUGAAACAGUCAAUUGGACCAAGCAAACCGGCGCGGCAUUGGGAGGCGUUAUCAACUGUGCAGGAGUUGCCGCAGGAGCCAAGAUAAUCGACGCUCAGAAUGAGCCGCACUCUCUGGAUCUGUGGGACUUUGUCCUGGCAGUAAAUUUGACCGGAACGUUCAAUCUUACGCGCCUAGCACUUAAACAUAUGGUUCAUAACGAACCUGAGGAGUAGUGCUGGGUAUUGAACCAGGUGGUAUAAUACAGAAUGGUAUAAUACAUGUAUUAUACCGUAUUAUACCUUUGAUACCAUGAGGCCUAGAAAUCUGGUGUAUUAUAUGUAUCAAAACCCUUGAUCUUUAUUGCGAGCUACUACAAUAUGUUGCUUUUCCUUGUGCAUCAUAGUACUUCUGUAGUAGAUAGAUCACUUACCUAUUGAUCUUGUUGUCACUUAUAGAGAUGCAAGGCCAAAGCAAUCCCAUGAUAUCUGC